UAAAGAUGACGUCACUAGCUCAUCAGCUGAAGCGGCUCGCUCUGCCACAAAAUGACCCGAAUUUGCUGAGCCGGCGUGAGGUGGCAUCGGUUCUCUUUAACUCCAAAGAUGCUGCUGGCAUGGACAGGAGUACCAUCUACGCUCUGGGCUGCACAGGGCUGGAGGAGCUGCUGGGGAUUGAUGCGGCAUUUGCAGAGUUUCAGGAAACCCUCUUCAGUCAGGCUUCUCUAACGCUGGAGCGCAGCGUGCAGUCCAAAGAGGUGAACAAGAAACUCGAUAAGGGGAUCGAAUUGUUCCUCACUCGGCUGUCUCCGUACUUCCUGCUCAAACCGGCUCUCAAGUGUCUGGAGUGGCUCGUACGCAGGUUCCACAUUUACCUGUACAACCAGGACAGUCUGGUGGCCUGUGUGUUACCGUAUCACGAGACCAAGGUGUUUGUCCGAGUCAUUCAGCUUCUGAAGAUCGAUGAUCCUACACACCGGUGGCACUGGCUCCACGGCAUUCAGAAACCCGGAGUUCCGCUGGCCAGAGGAACAUUACUGACCCACUGUUAUAAAGAUCUGGGUUUUAUGGAUUUCAUCUGCACCAUGGUUACUAAAUCAGUGAAGGCGUAUUCAGGCUCUGUUCAGGAUGGAAAAUGUGCUCAGCUGCGAGUCGUCUUUUCUUUCUACGCAGCAGCGAUUGUUCCUGCUCUGGACGCCGUGGAGAAAGUAACAGAUUCAAUAGUAGCCAAACUGCUUCCAUACGUUCAAAUGGGUCUGAAAUCUGAGCUGCUGGACUAUAAAGCUGCGACCUACAUGAUCGUGUGUCAGCUGGCGGUGAAGGUGGUGAUGCAGCCCGAGCUGGUGGACUCGCUGGCGCGGCAGGUGAGCAAGUCGCUGAUUAGAGCUCCGGUGCUGCCGUCAGAGGGUCUGUCCUGCCUCAUCAUCCUCCUCCAGAACCAGAAGGAAGGAGUGCUCGGACCCAAAACGUUUGGGUACCUGUGUGAGGUUCCUUCUCUGGUCGCCACUCUGAAGGUCACAGCAGCUUCCUACGACAUCAGUCCUUUACUGCGCUACCUUCUACCACAUCUCACCGGCGCGGCCCUCACACAGAAUGAUGAGGUGCAGAAUGAGAACACUAACAGUGUUGUGUACAGCCAGUUACUCCAGUCGGUCCUGGAGAACCUUCCGCUGACUGGUGGUCUGGAGAACAGAGUAGCGAGGCUUCUUCUCCAGGGAUAUGUGUCCCGUGGUGUGGAACUGGCUUUAGACUCCACUCAGAUCUCCUCCCUCAAUCAGAGGAUCCAGCCUGUCGUCAGACUCCUCGAGCAGAGGUAUCCUGGCGCUCUGGAUGACAUCCUGGAGGAGUGUGUGAGUGACCUGACCUCAGAUCAGCAGAAGGAUCUUCUCCACCAGUUUCUCUCUCUAACCAUCAGCUGUGGGAAGUACCAGGUUCUGGCAGAUUCAGACACGUCUCUGCUGCUCAGUCUGAAUCACCCCGUAUCUUCAGUCAGGAUCUCGGCUGUUGACUGUGUGAGGAAGAUUCUCUCCACUGGACAGGAAGGAUUUGACGAGGUGUUCCUGAGGGAGGCUCUGCUGGAGAGGUUGAGGGACGACGUACCUGAGGUGGUUCUGUCAGCAAUCUCAGCGUUAAAGCUCCAUGCUGACCGUAUGGAUUCGGAGGAGAUCGUUUCCUGUCUGAUUUCUCUUCUGCAUCGGAUCCAGCCGUCAGACGCCGAGCGCUGGUGUGUGGUGAUGAAGGAGGUGGUCAGAGUGCUUGAUGACCCGCCCCUAAGUGAAACACGACCUGAACUCAGAGCUCGCAUUGGCUGGGAGCUACUGCCCUUCCUGCCGGUGACUAAUCCAGUACCAGGAUCAGCCGAGCUACAGCUGGCACAGUGUGUGGCAGAGACACGUAUACUGUCGAAACAUCACCUCACCCAGGGCUGGGCAAGGGUGUUGAAGGAAGUGCUAAAGAAAGAAUCUGCAGCAGAACUUGUCACCGCAGCCAAUCAGAUGCUCACCAGCACUCUGACCAAGAACCUGAUUAGCAUGGAUCCAUCCAGCAGACGCAGCACCACGGAGAGCAUGUGUACGUUGUUGAUGAAGCAGGGACCCACCCUGAGGGACCGAGCAGCGUUUGUGGUGUUGAGUUCAGCGGUUCUACAGACUCUAGAUUCUCUGAGUGAGAGCGCUCAUCUGCACACGGCUCGAACCAUCUACACACUGCUCCAGCCGUCACUGAGGGAACUGCACACACUGCAGUCUGAGCAGGUGUUUGAUGGACAGGAUGGAUCGUCUCCGCCCAUGUUCCAGCUGCUAGCGGACUUCCUGCACAAACUGCGCACAGGCCAGGACGCAGGGCGGGAACACGGCUUCCUCCUUCUCUGCCUUCUCCGAAAUUUCAUCAGUAGCCUCAAAUGGCCCGAGUCCACGUUCAGAGGUGAGAUCUGGUGGAACCCAGAGAAGCUGGACACCAGCACCUGCUGCUACCUGCAGUUGUUGUGUAAUCUGUUUGACAUGGUGGUGUCCGGUGCUAGUCAGGGCCCCCUGGCCCCCAGCUUUAAGGCCCUGCUACAGCCUCUGCUACAGGUGCACUUGAGCGAUCCGCAGCAUCUCUUCAGGUUCCUGUCUCUGGUGUGGAGCUCCAGUAAUAACCUGGUUGAUCAGCUGGAGCUGAGAGUGACGGCGCUGCUGCAGACUCAGGCUCUGUACGUGGGUAAAGCUCUGCUCACCGCCCUGCCCGGAAAAACCCUCACCCUGCUCGCAUCAGCAUCUUCACCAGUGGUGCCCUCUCUGCUGGCAUGUCUGAGUUGUGGGGUGGGAGAGGUGAGGAGGGCAGCGCUGGUCGUUCUUCAGGCUCUUGCUGGCAUCACAUCCUCUCCAUACCAUCCUCUAGUGGAGAAGCUUCUCAGAUCUACUGAGGAGCUCAUCGCUGAUCCAGCCUACCUUACUCAGGCUCUGGGUGGAAUGUACAGUGAAGCUUUAUCAGUGAGCACUAAAACCAAAAACAAGCUGCUCCUGGCCGUGGAACAGUUGCUUCAAUGUGUUCAGUCGCUUGAAUGUCCAAGUUACAUGGCUAAAGUUCUGCUCCGAGCACUGAAAGACGUUAACGGAGAGUCUGUGCUGGCGAUGCUCCUGCCGGCAGUGGAGCGUUUGUUGGAUCAGUGUACCCGGGACACCCUGGUUUUCCUUCCUGAUGAGGCUCUGUUCCUGCAACUGCUGCUGGGCAAGUACAACGAAGCUUCUGCCCCUUUACUCGCCCGCGAUACCCACAGUCUGGAGCUGUUCAUCAGAGCGCUGGGGACGUCCAUCAAACCCUUUCCAAACAUCCCCAGCUUCCAGAUCAUCACUAUGGAGCAGAUCACAAAACCGUUCUUUGCUGCUUUGGGAGAUGAGCGCAUCCAACAGAGGAUUCUGGGAGUUCUAUUCGACCUGCUGGUAGAUAACAAGAACCCAGUGUGCUCCCAAACCAUCAACAGCGUCUUCAAAGGAAUUGCUGUGGAUGCAGAGCUGGUAGCGAAUGAGCUCAGUCCUGCAGAGAAACCCAAACUAUCAGGAAGUGUGCAGCAAACACGCCGGAGUAAAGCACCACCCAAGAAAGUUCCGGACACCCCACCAGAGGUGAAAGCCGUCUCCUGGUCACGGGUCACCCACAUCCUAGAGCUCCUACAGCACAAGAAGAAGCUGAUGAGACCUCAGAUGUUGGUGCCAGGACUUUUCAACCUUCUGUCAAGGUGUUUGGAGGUGUCGGAGGAACAGGAGAACAUGGAGUACACCAAACAGCUUCUGCUCAGCGUCCUCCUCAACAUCUGCCAGAAACUUUCCCCACAGGGCGAACCCAUCAGCAAGGAUAUUUUGGAUGAAGAAAAGUUCAACGUGGAGCUGAUAGUGCAGUGUGUGAGGACGUCCAGCAUGCCCCAAACACACCACCACGCCCUGCUGUUGCUGGGUACCGUGGCUGGAAUCUUCCCUGAGAAAGUUCUGCACAACAUUAUGCCCAUCUUUACCUUCAUGGGUGCCAACAUCAUGCGGCUGGACGAUGCCUACAGCUUCCAGGUUAUCCAAAGGACCAUGCAGACAGUCAUCCCCGCUCUCAUUCGGGCUCACGAGGGCGGCAGCGCUGCUUCGGAGGGACAGAUGGAGGCCGUGGUGACCCGUAUAGUGCACGUUUUCGUGGACGCUCUUCCUCACGUGCCCGAGCACAGGCGCGAACCCAUCCUCAACCAGCUGCUACGCACACUGGGACCGGCCCGCUUCCUCUGGGUCCUGAUGCUCCUCCUGUUCAAACAGCAUGCCACCAGCACGGCUCUGAGCCACACCGGACCUGAAAAGGAAGGAGCUCUGGAGCGGGAUCAGGAGUUCUGGGUGUCGUUAUGUUGUGGGUUCGAGGUUGAUGAGCAGCUCACGUUGCUUAUUAACGUCUUCAAGUUCCUCACGACACUUCCGAAGGACAAAGAGGAGGUUCCGGUGAAGAGCAGGACGAGAAGAGCAGGUGGACAGAAACCAGAAGAAAAAUCUUCAGAUUUAAUCUUCAGCGUGGAGGCUCACAGCGGAAAAGAGCUCCGACAUUUCAAGUUCCUCUCCAUGUCUUUCAUGGCUCACUUACUGGCGUCCACCAGCUUCAUCGGAAAGGUGGCCGAUCUUGAGGAUUUGAUGGAAGACUCUCUGCAGGAGCUUCAGCAGAGGUUGUUGGAGGAGAACCUGCGUUACCUGCACACGGUAGCUCAGUGUGUGGAGGAGAACUCUGAAAAACCCACAGCCAAGUUCUGGAGGGCGCUGCUCACCAAGUGCUACGAUGUUCUGGAUAAGGUGAACGCCCUACUGCCCACCGACACCUUCAUCACUGUGGUACGAGGACUGAUGGUGAAUCAGCUGGCGUCGGUGAGAAGAAAAGCCAUGGAGCUGCUCAACAACAGACUGCAGCAGAAGAAACGCUGGGAUGAGCAGCAGGUGACCAUGCUGCUGGAACUGAUUGGUGACCUCCUGAGCAUUGUGGGUCAUGGGCGUGGCCAGGUCGAAGGUCAAAAACAGGAGGAGGAGCAGGUGAUCAACAGGCAGACGGCUCUGUACAGUCUGAAACUGCUGUGUCGUAGUUUCGGCGCGGCCCACCAGGAGGCGUUCUUACCUGUGCUGAGCAGGGCUGUGGAGCUGGUGGAGAGUCCUGAGGAGGAGAGGAACGUGAUGGGCAGCGCCCUGCUGUGUGUGGCUGAAGUUACCAGCACGCUGAAAGCUCUCGCCAUCCCACACAUACACAGGUUAAUGCCGGCUGUGCUACAGACCCUGCAGGAGCGUAAGGAUUUGUUCAUGUCGGAGGUUUACCUGCUGAGCGCGGUCACGGCCCUGCAGAGAACAACCGAAACUCUCCCUCAUUUCAUCAGCCCUUACCUGCAUGAUACAGUGUCACAGGUAACACGUCUGACUCGGGUAGCCGAGCGUCUCUCCACCUGCCCUCAGCUGGCCAUCAGACUGUCCUCCCUCAGCUCCACCCUCGCCACCAAGGUGCCUCCUCGAGUACUGAUGCCCACCCUGACCAAGUGCUACAGCAGCAUGGUGGAGUCCCAGCAGAGUCGUCUCGGUCCUCUGAUGAACAUCCUGAAGGAGCACAUCGCUCAGAUGGAGAAGGAGCAGCUCAACUCCCACCAAUCAGAGCUCACGUCCUUCUUCCUGUCAGCUCUCGACUUCCGUUCCAAACACUGCCAGGGGGAUCUGCAAAAGACCGCUGAAAUCGAGGGUCAUGUGAUAGACUGCCUGCUGGUGAUGGUGAUGAAGCUCUCUGAGGUCACGUUCAGACCGUUCUUCUUUAAGCUCUUUGAUUGGAGUAAGACUGAAGGAGCACCAAAGGAGCGGAUGCUGACCUUCUGCAGGGUGGCCGACAGCAUUGCAGACAGACUGAAGGGCUUGUUUGUGCUGUUCGCAGGACAGCUGGUGAAACCCUUCUCAGACCUGCUGCGCCAACUCAACACCACCCACACAGAUGAGCCCUUCUUUACAUCAUCUGAUGAUGACAGUGAGGACGACAGUGAUGUUGAUGACGAUGAUGAUAAUGUGAAGAAGAGCUGUUUGCUGCUGCAGUACACACUCGACUGUCUGCACAAGAUCUUCCUCUAUGAUACCCAGCGCUUCCUCAGCAAAGAGAGAGCCGACGCCCUGCUGGGACCCCUGGUGGAUCAGCUGGAGAACAUGCUGGGUGGAGAGCAGAUCUACCAAACCAGGGUCUCCGAGCAUCUCGUACCCUGUGUGGCCCAGUUCGCCGUUGCCAUGAGUGACGACUCUCAGUGGAAGGUCCUUAACUACCAGAUCCUGCUGAAGAGCCGCCACAGCUCCUCCAAGGUGCGCUUCUCUGCCCUGUUGAUGCUGGUGGAGAUGGCAGCAAAACUGAAGGAGAACUACAUGGUGCUGCUGCCCGAGAGCAUCCCCUUCCUGGCUGAACUCAUGGAGGAUGAAUGUGAAGAGGUGGAACACCAGGUACAGAAGGUCAUUCAGGAGUUGGAGACCAUCCUCGGAGAACCAUUGCAAAGCUACUUCUAACUCCAGCACCUCCCACAAUCUACAGUGGAGCCUGAAGAGACACCCUGUGGUGCAGCUUCAGCUGUGCUUUACCCUUCCUGCUCGAGUUCUUGGACAAGUUCAACUCUUCCUUUUUGUUUCUGAAACUGUGUGUUUAUUCUGGGACGCGUCGGGCGCUCACGUAUUCCAGAGCUCCCGUUCUGUUGAAAUAUAUAUAUUGAAAUAUUCGUCUCUUGUUUGGUUCUGGUAGCCCUCCCCAGUCCUCAGACCAAGUCUAAACACGUCCUAAAUGUCUGACUUCAUUCAGAUCUUCACACCAAUCUUUAAUUCUUCUCCUAAAUAGAUCAGUCUUUAUAAUAAUAAUAAUAAUAUUAAUAAUGUUGUCCUCAUGUCGACAUGAUGCCGCUAGGUAGGCCACUUUUGCUGCCCGAUAAAACCCCACCACCCCAAGUUCAUAUGCAAAUAACUCUGUCAGAAGGUGAUAAGGUGACUCAGAGCUCAUCAAAAACAAAGUGGAAGUAAUAAACUGUGAUAUUUCUAAUCGUUCCUGUGAGUGGAACUUCAGGUUCAGGUGCCAGUGUGAAUGCAGGGUGUUUACUGUUCAUCAAGUGUUUACCUUUCAUCAUGUUUACACAUUGCAGUAUUGGCUGACUGGAAUGAUGCCCACAUCAGACAGACGAUGGGAGAAUUUUGACCCUAAAGCUGCUGAUCCAAAAUUACACUCUAAACCUUUUACAUUCAAAAGCUGGUGUUUAAUCCCAUGCUGGUGUUUAAUUCCAUGCUGGUGUUAAAUAAAACUCUGGUGUUUGAACCUGUGCUGGUGUGUAAUCCCAUGCUGGUGUUUAAUCCCAUGAUGGUGUUUAAACCCAUGCUGGUAAUUAAACCCAUGCUGGUGUUUAAUCCCACGCUGGUGUUUAAACCCAUGCUGGUGUUUAAUCCCAUGCUGGUGUGUAAUCCCAUGCUGGUGUUUAAACCCAUGCUGGUGUUUAAUGCCAUGCUGGUGUUUAAUCCCAUGCUGGUGUGUAAUCCCAUGCUGGUGUUUAAACCCAUGCUGGUGUUUAAUGCCAUGCUGGUGUUUAAACCCAUGCUGGUGUUUAAUGCCAUGCUGGUGUUUAAACCCAUGCUGGUGUUUAAACCCAUGCUGGUAAAACAUUCUGCAACUGUGUUUAAAGCCACAUUGCUGUUAAUACCACUCUGGUGUUUUCACCCGUGCUGGUGUUUAAUCCCACGCUGGUGUUUAACCCUGUACUGGUGUUUGAACCCAUUCUAGUGUUUAAUCCUGCACUGGUGUUUAAACCCAUGCUGUUGUCUCACACUGGUGUUUAAUCCUGCACUGGUGUUUCAUCACUAAAACCGCCAUAAAGCCGGAUUGCCAGCUAACGUCAGGACUAAUUUUAGAGCUGAGAUCAUUAUCAGAUUAUCUAAUGAUUACAAACUCACUCUUGCACUGACCUGCUGAUCUGUAGAACUUUAAAUCAGACCUGAUGAAUCACUUUAGAUCAAUCCUACAUCUUUCACCAUUUUCUAAACACCGACUGAGUCUCAUGAUUCUGUUCUUAAUCGUCAUCUGUAAUUAAUUAAUGUUUGCAUAAACCUUGAACAAAUACAAUUUAAAAAAACAACAAUAAAGGUUUUAAUGUCACCAAAACAGGAUUACAAUGAUUUUCACUCCUGUGCUCAGACUGUUCCUUUUAAAACCAACCCUGUCCACAUAUUUAUGCUUCUCCAGUCGUCAUUACUCCUCAGUCCAGAGAUCAUUUAAAGGUCGUUUCAGUUUGUUAUUAGGUUCACUUGAGCUGAAUGUUUGUACACCAAUCAGAUGUAGACCAUUUACUUUCAAAUGGGGGUGUAAACAAACAAGCUGCUCCAGUUGAAGGGUGUGUUUAUGUGAGUGUAAGGUGGAUGAGGAAAAAAAUGACGUGACGUUUUUGUACUGUACUGAGAUCAGGUUUUGUGUAAGAACUGGUUAGUAACUGGUGGAAAUAAAGUUCAUCUGUAACA